UGUUUACAAAAGAGACAGAAAGUCUGGCAAGCACUUCCAUUUCUGUGGUUUUUGUCACUCCUAGCAACCUUUCAAAGCAGAUCCUCUUUGCUCAAAGAAGAAUUCCCUUUUCUCUGUUUGACCGAUUUAUAUAAUCACCAACCCCCUGUUCAAACAGGCCCUAGACAUUUAAUAUCUGACAUUAAGGGGACCUCGAUUUUGUUCUCUGAACCCAGGCAGUAGAUCCUUUUCAGGCCUCGAAGGCCACAGCGAUGGCUGUGGAUUGUUGUUACAUUGACCCCAUUAAGACCAUCGGUAAAUGCUUUAAAUUAACGGCACUGCAUUGUUCCUGUGGUAUCUCUCUGACACAAGCGGUUGCAAACGUCAUUAGUGACCUUGCACAACAUGCCUAAAUAGUGUGGUCUCCAAUGUGUCCAUAAGAUUAAUGAGGGGAUGUGUAAAUAUCACCUAAAACAGACAUAAUUCUAUAAUGGCUAAAAAUAUACAUUUUCCAUCUGCUAAGCAAUGCCAUUUGUCAAUAUUUGCUGGGGUUUAUUGAUGACAUUGUAUUUUAUUUCCUCAACAAAAAAAAGGACAUAGGCUUCCCUUACUGACUCCAGAGGGCACUUUGUUUCUUAUAUUGGGUUUAUAGGGGAGUCUGAGGAAGUUAAGCCUGAUUAUAACACACAUUUUCAACAAACAACGUUUUAGAAAUAUAAAAACAUUUUUGUCCACUAUUUUCUUCCAUCGAUGCCCUUUUCCCCCCCAGAACUGCAUAACAUAAAGUCCUUAUGCAAAAAGGCCUGAAUCCUCAGCAUUUUGCAUUAACCCAACGAUUUGCUAACCUGACAUAAUGUAUUGUGUAUAAGGUGACAUUUAAUCUUCACCUGACUCAUAAUCUAACUUCAAGGACCAUUGAACUUCUUGUUUCGGUAAACAAAAGCUGAUAGAUUAAGUGAAAGAGAUUGUGUAAACUUCUCCUUUAAAUGUCUUCAUCACCCAUGUUAACCUACACCUGUUUCUGGAGGAUGAUUUUCACUUUUAGUUUUCUUACUUGGUGGUCAGUUUUUCAGAUUUGAGCAUAUUCUGAAAUUGAUACAUGUAAUUGGUUAGAAAUAUAUUUUAAUAUAGCAUAGGAUUCUUGUCAGAAAUAUCAAGCUGAACUGACAUUCUGCCCAUGUUAAGUACCUGCAGACAUUGUGAGAUGGCCCUGUUCAUCUUCAUAAUCUUUCAUCUUGUACUGGAGGAUAAAUCGCAAGGUUUGCCGCAGGCCAAGCUGACAAUAUAUCCAACAUUUGCUACUGAUGAAGAGAAGGUGCAGAUGGUCUGUGGAGGUCAUGAGAAUCUGCAUAUAUCUGAGUGCAUGUUUUACCUUGUAGGACAGGAGGACUUUUUAAAACCAAGUGCAUCGUGUAACUUUUCCCUUACCGCUGCCGAACUGAUCAUAUGGUCACACGAUCAGGAGAGUUCACAUGUUAACAUAUCCUGCUACUAUACUGUGCAUGCCUUAAAAGAAAAUGGAACAUCACCUCAUUCCGACAUAGUCUCAGUCAGGGUCAGAGGUUUGCCAGCCAUGUCGUCUUUGCCACCAACCACAGAGGGCAGCCCGACUACAAUGACCCCCAAGGGAAAAACCUAUCAAGCGAAUUUGUCCACUGUGUCAUCAACAUCGAACACGGAAACUUCUUUGGCUGUAACAUCCAGUACUGAAAUCAUAACAGAUUUGGUAACCGAUACAUCCAGUCUAGGUACCCAUGACACCCAUAAUUCAAUAAAUCCUACAGAUGUUGAGUCAUCAUCUCCUCUGAUUUACAAAACUUCAACAUCCUUGGAAUCGACUACACUUACUCAUACUACAGAACACGUAUUAGCUUUGGCUGUAACAUCCAGUACUGCAAUCAUAACAGAUUUGGUAACCGAUACAUCCAGUCUAAGUACCCAUGCCACCCAUAGUUCAAUAGAUCCUACAGAUGUUGAGUCAUCAUCUUCUCUGAUUUACAAAACUUCAACAUCCUUGGAAUCGACUACGCUUACUCAUACUACAGAACACGCAUUAGUUUUCCCCUUGAUGACUGAAGGUCCUGAAAUCAAAAAGUACUCAAAUAAAAAAAUGCUUUUCUUAAUUGCUGUGGUUGCAAGUGGUGGAGGAAUUGUAGUGACUGGACUCGUGGGCAUUUGUUUGUACAGAUGCACACGAAAGUCAAAGGCAGAGAGGAUUUGGAUGGAAUUCGUCAGCAAAACAACUGGGUACGUUUGCUGA